GUUAAAUGUGUUGAAUAUUCAGAUCCUGAAAAGUGAAAACAGUAAAAAUUCUUUUGCUGAUAUUCUCCCUCCUGCAAGUCGCAGGAAUAGCAAUGUUCAUUUACUUGGUGGACAUGGUCAAGGACAGCCCUAUUUUUGGGAUACUGUUUGAUGGCAGUGAGACAGUCGAAACUUACCUAUAUUAUACCUGAUUGCUAACUCUAUUCUAUCUGAUCAUCAUCACUUUUUGAGGAGUAUGCAUGGCUUUCAAAAGAUAUGGUGCCUUUCACUACUGCUUCUUCAUAUUCCUAAAUCUUCUGACGUUUUAUUGCAUAAUUUACGGAGCUAUCAUCAUGGGUCUAUCAGUGUAUAUGGCUAACAAAGUGGAUGAAACAUGCAAAUUCACCGGGUCUUCGGAUAGUUUAGCUAUUAGGCUUGAAAAUGUGUAUCCAGAUGCUGCAGCAGUCUUCUGUACGUCCUCAUGCCCUUGCUAUAUCGGAUCCUCAUCCUAUUCAAGUGGGAUGACUUAUGCAACAACUUCCUCAUCGGGUAAUAAGAAAGUGCAGGAAUGUGACAAGUACCUUAUGGAUGCUUACGCCAAUUAUGAAAUAGAUUUCAAUGAUGUAGAGGAGCUCAAGAGGUAUCUGGGCUAUUAUGGCCAAAUAGAGCAAGAGUACAAAUGUUCAGGUAUCUGUGCACAAAGAGCUAUCUAUUAUUUCAGUGAUUCCUCCUCUGGCGUGCCAGAUAAGUCCUGUUUGGAUGGAAUCAAGGAGAGCGUCCGCCCAGGCGACUUCUAUAUAAUAGGCGUCCUUAAUCUAGUCACAGGAAUCCUUUUAUUUUUCCUUUGGAACAUUCAGUUUGGGCUAUGAUGCAGGAAUAAUAAAGUUGCUCAACAAAACAAAAUCAUGCAGGAAAACAGAGGUGAUAUGGAGAUCAGAGGGCCUCAAGACCAUAGAGGUACACAAGGGAAUAUAGGUGUUCAAGGAAACAUGGGGCAAGGCCGGGAGGUGGUUUUGGUUCCAGCUGACAAAGUGGAUAACAAUGGGAAUAUUCACCUUGAUGGAACUGAGUCUAGAUUUGUCCUAGCUGGAGAGCAUUUAAAUGUAUACGAGGAUAAUAAAGAAGGCUUUCCUCCUAUCUACAACAAUCCUAACAAUGCAAAUCCAAAUGCAACUAAACCUCCUAAUCGUUCUGGAGGUUUGAAUAUUUCAAGAGCUCUCAAUGGCGGCCAAAAUCCUGGUGCAGCUGGGAAGCCUUCUAUUGUAAGUUCUACUAUUAAAAUGGCUUCUAAAAAUGAGAUGCAUGAUAAUGAAGGUGGAAACUAAGCUGGCCAUCUGAAAGCGAGAUAGCCUGCAUGAUCCCAAGGAGGGAUUACAAGUACUGCCUCUCAACAGGAACUAGAUGCUGAUGGGAAUAACUUGGCAUCUCCACGGUUGCAGCUAGGCUCUGGCUUUACUUACAAGUGGGCUAUUUAAGCUAAU